AUGGGCUUGCUGCCGGUGCCGGCGGAGGUGCGCGCCAUCCUGCUGGACAUCGAGGGCACCACCACACCCAUCGCCUUCGUCCAGGAGACUUUGUUCCCUUACAUCAGAGACAACCUGAAGGAGUACCUGCGUGCCCACUGGGAGGAGGAGGAGUGCCAGAGGGACAUCAGGCUCCUGAGGAAACAGGCCCAGGAGGACUCCAGCUUGGAUGGGGUGGUGCCAAUCCCUUCAGAUGGUGGCAGCGGGGAGGAGGAGCUGGAGCGGCUGAUCCAGGCGGUGGUGGACAAUGUGCACUGGCAGAUGGCUCUGGACAGGAAAACCACAGCCCUGAAGCAGCUGCAGGGGCACAUGUGGAGGGCAGCCUAUGCCACAGGGCACAUCAAAGGAGAGCUCUUCGAGGACGUGGUCCCAGCCAUCCGGAAGUGGCGGGAAGCAGGGAUGAAGAUCUACAUCUACUCCUCGGGCAGCAUCGAAGCCCAGAAGCUUCUCUUUGGAUACUCUACAGAAGGUGAUAUCCUAGAGCUCUUUGAUGGCCACUUUGAUACCAAAAUAGGCCCCAAGGUAGAAAGUGAGAGCUACAGAAGGAUUGCCACCAGCAUUGGGUGUGCCACCAACAAUAUCCUCUUCCUGACUGAUGUCCCUCGAGAAGCCAGCGCGGCGGAGGAGGCGGAGGCUCACGUGGCAGUGGUGACCAGGCCAGGCAAUGCAGGACUGACUGAUGAUGAGAAAUCCUAUUACAGCCUCAUCUCCUCCUUCUCUGAACUGUUCCUGCCUUCCUCCACCUAGGGGAAAGCAGGGGGUGCACAGCAGCCUGUGCCUCGCCUGCACCGUCCUUGUGUUUCCCUUAGGUCAUUUCUGUCCAUAGCCAGAACUUCAAAGCCAAACCCACGUCGUGUCUUGGAGCCAGGAGUAGUGCAGGCAGGGAGAGGGGUGGGGAGAAAGGCAGAGAGGCCUGAAGCAGCCAGCUGGAGCUGGGAGCAGGGUGAGAAGCAGC